CUGAUGUUAAUGAUAAUACUUUAUCACUGCCUGAUAUUUGUUUUCAAUGUGAACGUCCUUAUACCAGUGGUAAAUGGUGUCGUUCUUGUGAAUCUUAUUUAUUUGAAGCAAAUUUUCCAAAUUGGUCUACUAGAAAUGUUGAGUUGAAUAAAUUAAUUCGUCAAUCUCAACUAAAUUCUUCAAAUGAUCAAAAUUUCUUGAAAUGGUUUCCUUUCCCUCAGUUUAAACAUUUAAAAGAUCUUGGUUCGGGUGGUUUUUCUUCAAUGUAUUCCGCUCGCUGGUCAAAUGAUAUUUUGGAUGGUACUUUACAACAAUGGGUAACAAAUAUGGAAAUACAAAUAAUUCUUGAUUAUGUUAAAAGUCAUAAUGUGCAUUUAUCCGAAGAUGAUUGGGAUACUGUCUUGUCUGAAUUUAUGAAAAAAAUGAGAAUGAUUUUUGAAGCUCGUAAAACUUUAAAAUGUAAACCUGUAACUGAUAAUGAUACUGAUUCUGUAAAGUCAUCACGAUUUAGUAGUAAAAUUAGUAGUCGGGUUAAUAGUUUGAAGAUGAAAAGAAAAGAUAGUAUAGCAAGAAUCAAAGGGCUUUUUCGAUCCCUAAAAAAGAAUGAUUCCAGUACUUCUCUACGGAGUACGCGUACACCUAGCUCCGAUUCUAUAUACGCAACUUCAAAGAAGAUCAAACAUGUCCCGGAAACAAUUUCUUCUUUGAAGAAACGCCAAUAUCAAACUGUUGCACUUAAACGAUUACAUAAUUCCUCAAAUAUCUCGUCGAAAUUCAUCCAUGAG